AUGGAGAUCCCGACCAUAUUGAAUAGGAAAGCGUCCGCGGCAGUGGUUGCAGAUCCUCGUUUCCAGGCACAACUCGCCCAGGCAGUUCAUUUACACCAACAAGAGAUGAGCGAACAAGCGAAUUCUCAACCAGGCACGCACGCCGUCAUGGGAUACCCUCCUAAUGCACAACCCCUUCACCAGGGACCAAUGCCUGGUCAACAUUGGCCUAUACAUCCGAACGGCGCUCCAAUGAUGCCGAAUAAUUGGGACCCAAAUCCAUUUGCUGGCGCUCCACCGCAACCACCUCAACCAUCGCAUACACCCCCCGUUCCGCAACAGCAACCCCGCGCUGAGCCAGCACCUCGUGUUUUUCAUUGCUCCACUUGUCAGAAGGGCUUUGCACGCCGUAGCGAUUUGGCUCGUCAUGAACGUAUUCACAGCGGAAUUCGUCCUCAUGCCUGCGAUUGGCCUGGCUGCGGUAAACAAUUCAUCCAACGGUCAGCGUUGACUGUUCAUGCCCGUGUACAUACUGGAGAGAAGCCCCACAUGUGUGAGCGAUGUGGAAAGCCAUUCAGUGAUUCCUCUUCACUCGCACGACAUCGUAGAAUUCAUUCUGGCAAGCGACCAUACAAAUGUCCCUAUGCAAACUGUCAAAAGACGUUUACACGUCGUACGACACUCACUCGUCACCAAAACCACCAUACUGGAACCAUUGAAGAGGCAGCAGCUCAAACCGAGGCUAGUUUACGACAGAACAGAGAAAAGUCAGCUCGGGCUUCCGAGGGUAUCUACUCGGAAACAGGAUCAGGCCACUCGACGCCAUCGCCCGGACAGCAGGCUGCUAUGGGGUUAGGCAGUGAGCUUCCUCCGUUGAAUAUCAUCCGUUCUACAGGGGAGUACUAUAUUCCAAAUGGAGGAAUUCCACCGCACGUGCGCGGCGACUUCCAGCAAGCUAGUCCCCGUGCUUCCCCGGCUGCUACAUCACCUGCUUUGUCGAGCUAUAGCAGCCAUCCUCGACCUUCUAUGACUUCUCAUCCCAGCAGUUAUGGACCACCGCAGCCUCUCGAACCACCAGCAAACACCGACCACCGACCUGGCAGUGUCACAGGCAGUCCUCACAUGACAAGCAUGGGAUGGGCAUCACCGUCUCAUGCUAGUAUGCCGUCGCCUGGUUCUCCCCACGAGUUUGGCUAUCCUGAGCCGAGUGUAGCUGCAUACGCCAGUGCCAUGCCGCCACAUAUGUAUUUCCCAAACUCAACUAUCCGACGACCAGGGAGCACUGAGCCGGAGAAUUACGAAAUGAAGCCCAAAAUCGGGCCUGAUGGGUGGUCCACUCCUAUCUAA